GUCCGGGCGGCGGCGACGACGGGGGCGGAGGGAGCGGCCGCCGUGCGCUCGCGGGGCCCGGGCGGAGCUGCGUAGUCCUCUCGCAGCUGCGCCAGGACAGCCGGCGCGCCGCCGUGCCCACGAGUUGCCGGUGGCACCGCGCCGCCCCCUCGCGCUUGCAGCCCUCUGUGCUCACCCGGCGGCGGCCCGCACCAGGACGCAAGCCCCUCGAUGUGAAGCGGGAGCACGUCUCCCCGGCUCCCCGCACGGCGUGAUCCAGAGUCUGCUUCGCAGCUCCCCCGCCAAACCCCGCGCGGCUGAAAGAUGUGGCAGCCGGCCACGGAGCGCCUGCAGCACUUUCAGACCAUGUUGAAGUCGAAGUUGAACGUCCUAACACUGAAGAAGGAGCCUCUGCCGGCGGUCAUCUUCCAUGAGCCGGAAGCCAUUGAGCUAUGCACCACCACACCACUGAUGAAGAUGAGGACCCACAGUGGCUGCAAGGUUACCUACCUGGGGAAAGUCUCCACCUCAGGCAUGCAGUUUUUGUCAGGCUGCACAGAGAAGCCAGUCAUUGAGCUCUGGAAGAAGCACACACUGGCCCGAGAAGAUGUCUUUCCAGCCAAUGCCCUCCUGGAAAUACGACCAUUCCAAGUGUGGCUCCAUCACCUUGACCACAAAGGUGAGGCCACAGUUCACAUGGAUACCUUCCAGGUGGCCCGCAUCGCCUACUGCACUGCCGACCACAAUGUCAGCCCCAACAUCUUCGCCUGGGUCUACCGGGAGAUCAAUGACGACCUGUCCUACCAGAUGGACUGCCACGCUGUGGAGUGUGAGAGCAAGCUUGAGGCCAAGAAGCUGGCUCAUGCCAUGAUGGAAGCCUUCAGGAAGACUUUCCACAGCAUGAAGAGUGACGGCCGGAUCCACAGGAACAGUUCCUCCGAAGAGGUCUCCCAGGAAUUGGAAUCUGAUGAUGGCUGAAUGAACUUAUGAUGCCUUGGCGAUGGCAGCAUGGGUCAUGGAAUUCAAAAUCUAGAUGAAGUCACGGUGAUUCCAAUUUGGGUUGCAAAGACUGCCAAACCAUUGGCUGACCAUGCUUUUUAAAUUCAGAAGAGCAAUUCUAAAUCUAAAGAGAUGCAUCAUUAAAGUAAUUACCUGACAUUGAAAUCUGCUGCUGCUCUGACUGUGAGAAAGGUGGGAGUGUGGAUGGGGAGGAAGGUUCUAGACUCUCUUCUUACUAUUCUUUUUUUUUUUUUUUCUCAUUCCGUAAUGCCUCCCUGUGGGAGAGCCCCAAGCCGAUUUCCACCACUCUCAGGCAAAUACUCCAUGGCUAUUAUUCAGAGGACCAUUCCAGUCUGCC